AGAAACACAGACCGCGAGAGAGAGAGAGAGAGGAGGAGGAGGAGGAGGAGGAGAAGGACAAGAGGAGAAAUGGAGGUGUCUGGAUAUGAUUUCUUGGAGGAAUUACUAGCUCUAAGAAGAGAAGCAUGGGACACAAUUCCAAGUCCAAAUGAAGAAAACCGGUUCUUCUUCCCCAGUGCUUAUAAUAGUUUGGACUGCUUUGAUCCAAACUCUUUUGCUUUUCUCCCAAAUUCUUUCUCUGAUCAACAGCUACCUCAAAACUACAACAACCAUAGUACCUUCAACGAAAUCUACAGCUCAUUACUUGAUGAGUUCUCUGCACCCCAGAUCAUCGAUUCGUCACCGCCCUACACCACUCUCGAUACUACUACUUCACUUAGCCCCCCUUCUUUUCCGGUUCAAGAAGAGAAUAACCCCUUCUCGUCCAUGAUGGAGGAAGAGGGUUUGUUUGGAGAAGAGUUUCAGAGUUUGGAUCUUAAAAGGACAUGUAAGAGAGAGCCUAUCAGCCACUCUCCUGAAAUGCCAGUUUUCAACAUGGGCACCUGUAAUUUGGAAGGAAAGAAUCGACCCGCCAAGAAACUGCUGCGACAGCCUUCCAAGAAUCUAAUGGCUGAGAGGAGGAGAAGAAAGAGGCUAAAUGAUCGUCUCUCCAUGCUAAGAUCUAUUGUCCCCAAGAUUAGUAAGAUGGAUAGAACAUCUAUACUUGGGGACACGAUAGACUACAUGAAAGAACUUCUGGAGAAGAUUAAAGAUUUGCAGCAAGAAAUAGACUUGGAUUCAAACAUGGUGGGCGUUUUGAAGGAUGCGAGACCAAAUGAAAUCACAGCAAGAAAUUCACCCAAGUUUGAUGUGGAGAGAAGGAAUGUGGACACGAGGGUUGAAAUAUGCUGUGCAGGGAAGCCAGGCUUGUUGCUAUCUGCAGUGAACACCUUGGAAGCCUUCGGGCUUGAGAUUCAGCAAUGUGUUAUCAGCUGCUUCAAUGAUUUCACGAUGCAGGCUUCUUGCUCAGAGGAACUGGAGCACAGGACGAUACUGGGUUCGGGAGAUAUAAAGCAAGCGUUAUUUAGAAGCGCGGGAUAUGGAGGAAGAUGUUUGUGAGGACAAGAAGUAUAUGAAGAAAGGAAAGACAGAAACUACUGGACUUCAUAGCUUUUAUGCAUUAGGAGAAGGGACUUUUGACUAUUUGAUUCCGAAGAGGUUUAUGAGUGAAAGGUAUAGCUAAUUGAAUUCUUUUCUUUCUUUGAUCCAUAAAAAUGGUAGAUCAUCAUUUCUUCAUCAGAAGCAACAUAAUGCCUUCUGUUUUAGUCGGCUUUUCUCUCUCAUACGUCCGUUUUUGGUCAACUGGGCAGUGGUUUUGAAGGACUCAUGCCAAUGAUUUCAAUCUAAGACUGUGGGGGGAAUUCGAAUUGUAUCUGUUUAUGUGAAUGUGAUGAAAUUUAUGAAUGAUAAAAAAAUAGUUAUUGCCCGUGAAUUCCGUUAUGUUUAGCACUAUGAGAUUUAUAUGCGAAGGGACGGGCCACGAUGAUCUGCAUAUACUGUAACAAGAGUAAAGUUCCAUUUUUUUUCUUCUCCCCUUUUA